AUGGUCGGUUUAUUUGUUGCACGGCACACCCCUGCGCAUUCUAGCCAAGUCCAUCGGCAAAAAAUGGUCAAUUCGACUCAGCUCAAGUCCGACGCUCUUAUGGAGCAGAUGAAGCUCCAUCUCUCCACCGACGCCGGCAAAGAACUCACCAAGAAGAUAGGCCUCGUCUAUCAGAUCAAUAUCUCCCCCAAGAAAAUUGGAAUCAAUGAGGAGGCGUACGUUGUUGAUCUUAAGAAAGGGGAGGUCAAGAAAGGGCAAUAUGAGGGUGGGAAGCCUGAUGCGACCUUUUCUUUUACGGACGAUGAUUUCCUUAAGGUUGCCACUGGGAAGAUGAAUCCCCAAUUUGCUUUCAUGAGGGGUGCAAUGAAGAUCAAGGGUAGUCUCAGUGCGGCUCAGAAAUUCACUCCUGACAUCUUUCCCAAGCCGUCAAGGAUGUGA